UCUUUGCUUUUUUGUCGGUCUUGAAAGUGAUCCAUUUACUUUAAUGAUCUCUCUCGGACUCUCUCCCCACUCUAUAAAUACUACCACAAUAUCCACUCCUCCAUUAAUUUCUUCAUUCCGUUCUUCUUUCUCUUCUAUUUUUCUGAGAAGAUCCCAAAAUGGAGAGUUUCAGUGUCAAAAAUUUGCAAAGCCCACCUCGGAAAUCUGACACAUGUUUGUUGGGAACUCAAAUUUUCCUGAGAAUUUUGGCAACUGCAUUCACAUUGGCGUCCACUUUGAUUAUUCUAACCAGCAAACAGACUGUCACUGUAUUUGGCAUUGAGAUGGAUGCUCGCUAUAGCUAUUCUCCCACUUUCAAGUUCUUUGCUUUGGCAAAUAUCAUUGGAUGUGCCUUCUCUGUUCUGUCCCUCUUUCUGGCUUUUGUUUUAGGCCAUAAGGGUUUUGACCCAAAGCACUACUUUUACAUUUUCCUUCAUGAUUUGAUUGUGAUGGCAGUAAUGCUGGCUGGAUGUGCAGCGGCGACUGCAAUUGGAUAUGUGGGGAAACAUGGAGAAAUGCAUUCGGGAUGGAUGCCCAUUUGCGAUCAUGUAUCCAAAUUCUGUCACAAGGUUACAAACAGUGUCAUGCUCUCCUACUUUUCUGUGAUUUGCUACCUUGUACUCACUAUAAUCUCUGCAAAUCAAUCCAAACGGAUCCAAGUUUAACACUUCAGAAAUAUCUUAGCAGUGCCGAAUGUCCAAAAAAGUUCGUUUUGUAUCAAGAUAUCACAAGUAAAGACAAAACAUUUGAGCCGACAAUGUUUGAUGUACUGAUUUUACAGUAGCUGUAGUUUCUUUUGUCUUUGGUGUGUCAGCAUUAGUGCCUUGUAAUUGCUGCCUUGGAUAUAAAAAUGAUGUUAAUAUGCAUAGUUAGUUACUUUAGUUGCGUAAUUGUUCGGAGAAGUCAGUUACACGUGGGUCGUUUGAUUGGAACGUGUAACUCGUUUGAUUGGAAUACGGUUUAUGCCGGUAUAAGUUAUGUCAAUAUAACUUAUAUUAAGAUAAGUUAUGCUGGAAUUAGUUA